GUCAGGUCGCCAAGUUUGGCCCAAGGAUGAGUGGGUGGGAGUGUGAGGAAGCAGGAACGGAAGGACGGACGGACGGACGAAGGGGGAGGAAGGAGGCGGGACGCUCAGAAGUUGCUCCAUGUCGUGAGAGCGCACCGCGAGUCUAAACCUCUCCACGCUCGGGAGCGCAAAGGAAAAAAUGUUGCUCUAAUCUCGAGGCUUUUCGCAGACGUGUUACCGGCAAAACUUCCUUCGCCUGCAUCGUCCCUUUUAUCCGCAGGAAAGUAUCGCCAAGCGCCGAUGUAUCGAUGAAUUUCACCGGGGAACUAACAAGCGUCCUCCUGCUGCUGGUGCUCCUCGCAGCGAAAGGCUGCUUUUCAUCCAAAGCAGAGGACAGAUUAUUUCGGAGGUUGUUCCGGAGGUACAACCAGUUCAUCCGUCCAGUGGAGAAUGUAUCUGAUCCAGUCACAGUGGAGUUUGAAGUCUCCAUAUCUCAACUGGUCAAAGUGGAUGAAGUGAAUCAGAUUAUGGAAACCAAUUUGUGGCUGAGACAUGUUUGGAAUGACUACAAACUGAGAUGGACCCCUGUUGAAUAUGAUGGGAUUGAGUUCAUACGAGUUCCUUCCAAUAAAAUUUGGAGGCCAGACAUCGUUUUGUACAACAAUGCUGUAGGUGAUUUCCUUGUGGAGGACAAAACCAAGGCUCUGCUGAAGUUUGAUGGCACCAUCACCUGGAUUCCUCCGGCUAUUUUCAAGUCCUCUUGCCCAAUGGACAUCACUUACUUUCCCUUCGAUUACCAAAACUGCUCCAUGAAGUUUGGCUCCUGGACCUACGACAAGGCCAAAAUCGACCUGGUGCUCAUUGGGUCAAAGGUGAACCUGAAAGACUUCUGGGAAAGUGGAGAGUGGGAGAUCAUCGAUGCACCGGGAUACAAGCACGAUAUCAAGUAUAACUGCUGCGAGGAGAUCUACCCGGACAUCACCUACUCCUUCUACAUCCGCCGCCUGCCGCUCUUCUACACCAUCAACCUCAUCAUCCCUUGCCUCCUCAUCUCCUUCCUCACAGUGCUGGUCUUCUACCUCCCGUCUGACUGCGGCGAGAAGGUCACCCUGUGCAUCUCCGUCCUCCUGUCCCUCACUGUGUUCCUGCUGGUCAUCACCGAGACCAUCCCCUCGACGUCGCUCGUCAUCCCUCUGAUCGGCGAGUACCUCCUCUUCACCAUGAUUUUUGUCACGCUCAGCAUCGUCAUCACCGUCUUCGUGCUGAACGUCCACUACCGCACCCCAAUGACUCACACGAUGCCAGAGUGGGUAAGGGCCGUGUUCCUUGGGGUGCUGCCCAGGGUGAUGCUGAUGAGGCGGCCCAUCGACCAGGGCUGCUCCUCCCCUGCUAGUAUUACGGCAGGGAUUGGAGGAGGGGGUGGAGGGAGCAGCGGAGGAAAAAAGAAGAGAAAGAACAGCAUAAGUAGUGGAAGUGGCACAGGAAGUGUAAGCGUUGGAGGUAUAACUGGGGGUGUGGCCUGCCCACCGCUGGAUGGUGGUGCGGGGGGAGGAGGAGCCUCCUCAACUGGUGGCUCCAUGAACUGUGUGGAGUAUGGUGACAUGAACCGUGACUUUAACCGGGACAUGAACCGUGACUUGAACCGGGACAUGAACCGGGAUAUAAACAGGAGGUGUCCCUACAGAGGCAAGGAGGUGCCCACUCCUGUCCCUCCCCCGAUGGUACCCCCUCCUCCUCCUCCUCCUCCCCAGGUACCCCAGACCCAGGCGCCCCAGGAGUCGGAGCUGCCCAAGGUGCCGAGACCCCUGAAUGCCCCGUCGCCUGUCAAUGCUGUUGUCGCCUUCUCCGUAGUGUCACCAGAGAUCAAGCAGGCCAUUGAGAGCGUGAAGUACAUCGCUGAGAACAUGAGAACUCGCAACAAAGCCAAAGAGGUGGAGGAUGACUGGAAGUACGUUGCCAUGGUCAUCGACAGGAUCUUCCUGAAAUGUCCUGGACUCAAACUCCGUCUAGAUCUGGCAUGAUCUCUCUGUGGGUUUCCUCCAGAAGUAAGACGUAAGAGAAGAAGUAAAGGUAAAGUGAAAAGAAAGAUGCUAAAUUAAAAACAUAGAUGUGAGUGUAUUCAUCUGUCUGUGUGGCCACUUGAUCUGGGUACACUCUGUUUCUUGUCCAGUGUAAGCUGGGAUUGUUCUGAGCUCACCAUGAACCUUUAACAGGACACAUUUCUUAUAAAAUGGGUGAAUGGAUAGAACACGUCAUACUUAUGUAAAUAACAUCAAGAGUGAAUAACCUUGGAAGAGAAUUUUUCCUGUGAAGUAUCAACAAAGCCUUCAUAUUCACAGUGGAUUUGUGUAACUGUUUGCCUGUUGAUUUAUAUCUAAAUGUUGCAGUCAUGCUUGAGAAGUUAAUGCCCCUGACCUGGCAUGUAAUUGCAUUGGUGUGUUUGUGUGCAUUCCACAAUUAUUUUUUUUUUUUAAGCUUUUAGGGCAGGACUAAUGUCCGACAAUGAUACAGGAUUUUUAAGUUGUUCAGUGCAAGAGGAAUAAUUCCAUGUAGGAUGAGAAAAAGAGACAGAAGGAGGGGGGAGAGGUAGAGAUGAUACAGGGGAAGUAAAGCAGAGAGAAUGGAUGGAAAAUAGAAGCUAUAUGAAACCACAUAGCGUAGUAAGACAUCAGAACAGGUCAGUGGAAAGUGGGCACUGGUAGCUUAUAGACAAAGUGUGCUGACUUUUGGUGCCCGUUCAGCACCAAAACACAAACAAGAAGUCAGCAAUGCAGAAAUAGUGGCGCUCAGUUGUCUCAGUUUUUUCCCUACUGUUGUUUAGCAUCUCAGAGCAGGUCUGGUUGAAUGCAAUACUGAUAUUGAGUCAAUGCUGAGCCACUUUUCCUGCCCAAUUAAAAUUGGAUUUUACUGUAAACGCACUCACAUUUUCAGUGAAGAGAGAAGCCUGUAUUCCAGUUCAAUAAAGGUUUUAGUAGCUUAAAAAGUUUGCAGAUUCCAGAUUUUUAAUUCAACCACUGGCCUUUUUAUU